UUUCUACCAAUCAGAAGGCACCAAGUCAGCGAUUGAAGACAAAAGCACGGAGUUGUACCCGGAGCCAUUCCUAUAGAAAUUACCAGUCCAAAUUGAACACGACAGCGAUUAAGUUAAAAUAAUGAAAUUGGGCUACAGAUACUGCGACAUAAUAAUGUAAAUAGCAUAAGAAAAUAGUAAGCAAUGAACCAGAAGCUGACCCAACACAAAACGAAAAGAAAUUGGAUAAAGAUAAUUGUUGGAGACACGUCAGUCUUGAGCAAUAACCGAAAGUGUAAACAUGAUUUAAAGUUAAAAAAAAAACAUUUAGAAGAAGCUGUGUAAUGCGACAAUAGAAAUAUAUCGUACAUAUACUUCGGAUAAGGCCGUGCUAACAUAUUAUUGAUUGCGAACUUGUCAAACCUUAACGUUAAACGGAGGCAAACGGAAUACACUAUGGCAGCGACAUCACCAGCAGUUUUUAUAACUGUGCCCAAGUACGUGGCUUUAACACAUAAUCCAACUGUGACUUUGCCGAAGAUAAGGCCCGCACCGACCACCACAGUACAGGGAACGCCCGAUGGCGCAACUGCUGGAAAUGUGGUUGUUGAGGAUGGCGCCUCAGCACCAAGGGCCAAAAAACGUCGCUUGGACCACCUAACAUGGGAAGAAAAAAUACAGCGAAAAAAAUUAAAGAACCGUGUUGCUGCACAAACAUCACGAGACCGAAAAAAGGCUCGAAUGGAGGAUAUGGAAAAAGAAAUCGACGAGUUAACAGAAAAAACAGAGUUAUUGCAAAAUAAGUGUGAAAGUUUGCAGGCUAUUAACGAAUCACUUCUUGAGAAGAACCAUAAGCUUGAUAUGGAGCUAGAACUUCUACGUCAACAACUUAACGAGAUGCAACAGCAACAAAAGCAGCAACAGGUGCAAGUUGCCAGGAAUGCCGCCAAAUUGGAAUCUAAAAAUGCUGCUAGUACUUGUGCCGGCUCUGCCGCAGGGAUCACCUCAAAUGGACUCACAGUCGACAGAAGAACAACUGAAAAAGAGCAACUCAGUAGCGUCACUCUGGAGGAUUGUUGCGCUUUGCCUACUCUUCAAGAUAUGCUCCUCAUCGACGAAGAAUUCGAUGCCAGGAAGCUUGAAGAGCUUGCCGAAAGCCUCUUGGCCGAUAUCACAGCAGACAUGGAAGCUGGUGAUGGAGCGGGCAAUGAAAAUGAUGCCAAAAUUGCAAGCUGCACAGAGCGACUGUCUGGACCAGUGGUGGGGACCAAAACAAAGUGCUUGGAAUCCAGCCAACAUACAAAAACACGAAGUAACAGCAUAAAUGACCCAGACUGGGUAGACCCCGUCCAAGCAGAUACAAUUAGAUUACAAAAUAAUCUACAUGCAGCGACACAACAUCUAACCAACACUAUCAACGCCCCUAUAACUAUUGCGUCAGCAGUAACGCCUAUAAAACUCCAUCAAGUUAAAGUGGAAGAUUCUCCUCCAUCACCGCUAGAUACUGUGUACGGCACAUAUGACGCUAAGACAAAUUCUAUAACAAUAGUAAUGGAUGACGACACCGUACCGGUGAACGAAGCAGUAGAAGAGAUAUACUGUGAUGGUGUAACGCCAUCAAAAAAUGAUGAAAUAAAAUAUCCCUCACCUGCCGCAUCUCCCUCACAUGUUUUCCUUAAUGUCGUCGAUGAUUCUGACGAUGAUGACGACUUAAUAGAACGUUUUCUGCGCCCCAAACGGCCACUAGCGAAAUCUCCCGCACCAUCACUACAUUCGGCCGCAUCAGAUCAUGGGUACGAAUCAAUUAUUGGUUCACCAACAUCUACAGCCACAGAGCACUUUGAUACGGGUGCCGAAGAUUUUGUCUGGCAGGGUAGUUUUAACGACUUAUUUCCCAGUUUAAUCUGAAAGGCAUUAAAAAAUAUUUCCAUUUGUUAGUGUUUCACCAAUGCUCAGAUAUAUUUGUAUAUUGUACAAUAGUAUGUAAAUUAUUCGCCAUGUCACACAGAUGCUGUAAUAUGCAAUAGUUGUAGGUGUAGUUUUAGUCGUAAACUAAAAGGAAACCAUUUAUGUUCUCAUUUUAUAAUUUAUAAAUCGCAAUAAGUUGCGUUUGUAGUUGUAAAGAGUUACAGUUCUAAGAUUGACAAUUUAUUAUGGAAUUUAUAUCGCUGGUUGUAGCAGUUAAGUUAAUUUGCUAAUUUAUUUUGUAAUCUAAGUGCAUCUUUGAAAUGGAUGGAGCCCAUUUGAAAAAAGCUUACAAAUAUACAAUACAUUAUACCCAAGCCCAA